AUGUCCAAGAAAAAGACCGAGCUUCCAAAGACCGUUUUACUAGGUCGAGUGGGAAGUAAUCUUAAGUGUGGUAUUGUCGGUCUUCCCAACGUCGGGAAAUCUACAUUUUUCAACGUACUUACCGAGAGUUCGGCAAACGCCGCAAACUUCCCUUUCUGCACAAUUGAUCCAAACGAAAGUCGUGUCGCUGUUCCCGAUGAACGCUUUGAUUUUCUCUGCGAUCUCUAUAAACCUCUGAGUCGUGUCCCUGCCUACCUAAAUGUUGUUGACAUUGCUGGUCUUGUAAAAGGCGCUCAUGAUGGCGCUGGACUUGGAAAUGCCUUCCUUUCUCAUAUCAAAUCUGUAGAUGGAAUUUUUCAAAUGCUACGCGUUUUUGAAGACGCUGAGGUUAGUCAUGUUGAGGGUGACGUUAAUCCAAUCCGCGACUUGGAAAUUAUUCGGGAAGAACUUCGAUUGAAAGAUGAGGAGUAUGUUAAACAUGAAUACGAUAAACUUGAAAAGUCCUGUAUUCGUGGUGGUGAUAAAAAACAGAAGCCAGAAUUUGAUGUUAUAACUAAAGCAAAGCAUCUUCUUUGUGAAGAACAAAAGGGUAUCCGUUUUGGAGAAUGGAAUCCCGUCGAGAUUGAAAUCCUCAACAAACAUCUUUUUAUAACUGCCAAACCGAUGAUUUAUCUUAUCAACAUGUCCCAAAAGGACUUCUUUAGAAAGAAGAAUAAGUGGUUGAUUAAGAUUAAGGAAUAUGUGGAUGCUAACGAUCCUGGUGCCGUCAUGAUUCCAUUUUCAGCAGAUUUCGAGUUGAACUAUGUUGGUAUGUCUGAGGAAGAGAAGAAGAAGUUCGCUGAAGAGAAUCCAGGUGUUCAUUCACAAUUGCCAAAGAUCAUUAAGACCGGCUAUGCCGCGCUUCAUCUCAUCUACUUUUUCACUGCUGGCAAAGACGAAGUUAGAGCAUGGACUAUUCAGAAACACACAAAGGCUCCAUCUGCGGCAGGGAAGAUUCACUCUGACAUGGAACGCGGCUUCAUCAUGGCUGAAGUGAUGAACUUCGAGGAGUUUAAAGCUGAAGGCUCGGAGGCGGCUUGCAAGGCUGCCGGAAAGUACAGGCAGAAGGGACGCGAAUACGAAGUUGAAGACGGUGACAUUAUUUACUUCAAAUUUAACGCCGGUGGAGGUCUGCAGAAAAAGAAAUAA